ACUUUACACUAGGGCACGAGCCCGCGCGCAGCUUCGCUUCGAAAUUUUGAAUGUUGAACUUUUCCUUAGAACGGAGACGCAGACGCCUCACCAACCCUCGACACAUCUACACCCACCCGCAUCCAAUUCCGUCUGCCACUCUCCCGAUACCCCCAAACAUCCGUCAAUUGACCAGGCAAGAUGGGCAGAGGACCGAGGAAGCACCAGAAGCGCCUGAGCGCCCCUUCGCACUGGCUUCUCGACAAGCUCUCGGGCACGUACGCGCCCAAGCCGUCGGCCGGUCCGCACAAGCAGCGAGAGUGCCUGCCGCUCAUUGUGUUCCUCCGCAACCGUCUGAAGUACGCGCUCAACUACCGCGAGACCCGGGCCAUCGUCAUGCAGCGCCUGAUCAAGGUCGACGGCAAGGUCCGGACCGACAUGACCUACCCCGCCGGCUUUAUGGACGUCAUCUCCAUCGAGAAGACGGGCGAGCACUUCCGCCUCGUCUACGACACCAAGGGCCGGUACACCAUCCACCGCAUCCAGAGCGAGGAGGCCGAGUACAAGCUCGGCAAGGUCAAGAGGGUGCAGCUCGGCAGGGGCGGAGUCCCAUUCUUGGUCACGCACGAUGCGAGAACCAUCCGCUACCCUGACCCCCUGAUCAAGGUCAACGACACCGUCAAGAUCAACCUGGCCACCGGCAAGAUCACCGAGUUCAUCAAGUUCGACACCGGCGCGAUCGCCAUGGCCACUGGCGGCCGUAACAUGGGUCGUGUCGGCGUCAUCACCCACCGCGAGCGCCACGAUGGCGGUUUCAACAUCGUCCACAUCAAGGACGCCAUCGACAACACCUUCGCUACCCGCGAGAACAACGUCUUCGUCAUCGGCUCCGACAAGCCCUGGAUCUCCCUGCCCAAGGGCAAGGGUGUCAAGCUGACUAUCGCCGAGGAGCGCGACCGUCGCCGCGCCCAGGCUCUAGCUGGUCAUUAAAAAAUGGUCUGGUAAAAACACAAGGGGCAACGAAAAGUGGGGUCCGGCAGGUGGUGUUGACUUUUCACGCGCAUGGGAACUGGAGUCUAUGGCAUAUCCAAUCGUGCUUACCAAACGAGUAAGAGUCGCGGUUUAGGUCAAUGAUGAAUGAGAAUUUAAAAUCGAUCCGCCGUACCGUUAGCCCCUUGUACUGGACAUUUCAACUCUCGGCCUCCUCUUUCCGUGCUAUCUGGUAGUGAAGUGUGUGUGUAUACAUGAGUAUAUAUGUCCUAGCUAGCGCGUUAAUGCUAUCGUAGAGUAUCCCGUG